AACAGACUCCCCCCAAGGGGUCUCCGCCACGUCACACUCCCACGUGUCCGCAUCACAACGCACCACUCCACCAAAUGCCACAUUUAAUGCACCACACCAACAACCCCACAAGCGCUGGCCCCCACUCCUUGAAUCCUUCUUCAGCAAGACUUCCAAGCCAGCUCUGAGAACUUGUCUAUAAAACCGCCCACAACUCCAGAACCUCCCAAAUUUCUGGUUACCCCAAGUCGUCCUCCACCAUGGAUCAAGAAGAACGCCAGCGCGGCGGCGACGACGCCGUUUCGGUGCCGAGCUUCAAUUUCCAGCGCCUCAAAGUCAUCUCGCCGCUCGGCCGCGGAGCCAAGGGCGUCGUGUUUUUGGUGAAAGACCAAGAGACGGAGGAGCUCAUGGCCUUGAAGGUAAUUUCCAAGGACUUGAUCCACCGCAAGGGCAAGGAUGGCGACGGCGACGAGUACCGCCGAGUCUGCUUCGAGCAGCAAGUACUACGUCGUUUUGAUCACCCGCUCCUCCCGAAACUGCAUGGAGUCCUCGACACUGAGAAGCUCGUCGGUUACGCCAUAAAUUACUGCCCCGGCCGCGAUCUCAAUUCCCUCCGGAAGAGGCAGACGGAGAGGAUGUUCUCCGAUGACGUCAUCAGGUUUUACGCGGCGGAAUUGGUUCUGGCAUUGGAGUAUUUGCACGGUUUAGGAGUGGUUUACCGGGAUUUGAAGCCGGAAAACGUUAUGAUCCAAGAAAACGGCCACAUUAUGCUCGUGGAUUUCGAUCUUUCAACCAAACUCUCGCCGCCGAUCAAGACUCCCCAACCAGCUCCGAGAUCGAAUUCCGUAUCCAAAUCCGCUUCCGUCCACAAGACGAAGAAGAAGCGCUCGUCACUCUUCCACAGCUUCUGCAAUUCGGGAAUUUCGCCGGACGAUUUCAUCGCACCGGCCGAAACCGAAACCAAUGCGAAGCCAGAUAACAGAACCGAUUCGGACACGUCGGGGAAGUCGAACUCGUUCGUCGGAACGGAGGAGUACGUGGCGCCGGAGAUCAUAUCCGCCAAAGGCCACGGCUUCGAAGUCGACUGGUGGUCCCUGGGAGUCUUACUAUACGAAAUGCUGUACGGUACGACGCCGUUCAGAGGCUCCAACCGGAAGGAGACGUUUUACCGGAUACUGACCAAGGCCCCGGAGCUGACGGGCGAAGCGACGCCGUUAAGGGACCUGAUCAAGAACCUGCUGGAGAAGGAUCCGAAGCAGAGAAUCGGGUUGGAUGAAAUCAAGGGCCACGAGUUUUUCAGAGGAAUCCGCGGACGGUGGGAUUCGGUGGCGCAACUCCCGAGGCCGCCGUAUAUCCCCGAGGAGGUGAGCGAGGGUACGGAUGGAAAUAAGAAAAUAGACGUGGAGUCCGUGGUGGAGGGAAUAUUCGGAAAUGGCGGUGGAGAGGAGGAGAAUAAGAAUAACCAUAAAUAUGAGGAGGUGGAGGUGGAGGUGGAGAAUGUGAAUAAAAGGGUGUGGAAGGAAGAACUUAAUCACCACCACCCCACUCAACCUGAUGCCUUCUCUGUUUUCUAACAAAUUCUUUUAUUUCUUUA